AUGAACACCGGCAAGGUGGAGAAGAUUGUGAAUGGAGGUGAGGCUCACGAUGCCGCAGCCGUCACGGUAAAGAGGAAGAGGAAGAGGAAGCACGGAGGCAGCAAAGCAAGCAGUGCGCAGGCGGCACCCCCGGAACAGCAAGAUGAAAAAUCUGUAGAUGUGAGCAAGGGUGCCACGAACCAGGGCGCGGGAGAAGGCUUGCCCACCAAGGCCGCCGACGCCGCACCGGCAGCCGGGGCCAAGCGCAAGCGAAACGAAGGCACAAGCUCCUCCGGCCAAGAGGGCGAGGACAACGAUGGAGCGGCCACGGGCGAGGAUAUUGUGGUUGACACUCCUGCGGCAGCGGUCGAAGAAGAAGAGUACAAGGAAGAUGAGAACGUGCCGGUGGAGGUGGUGGGCGCCAACCUUCCGCCGCUCGAGGCCUUUGCCAGCUGCAAGCCACUGCAGGUCAAAGACGGAGUGCUGAUGAACAACAUCACCAAGAGCGGAUAUACCAAGCCCACGGCCGUGCAGAGGCACGCCAUCCCCAUCCUGUUGCAGGGCCGAGACCUCAUGGGCUGCGCCCGGACCGGAAGUGGCAAGACUGCAGCGUUCCUGUUGCCCAUCAUAGCUUCCCUGUUGAGCGAGGACAAGCGCAAGGGCGAAGCUGCCGGCGUGGGCUGGCGGCACACCUUCCGAGCCUAUCCGCUGGUGAUCAUCCUUGCGCCCACGCGCGAGCUUGCUGUCCAGAUCUAUCAGGAGGCGCUCAAGUUCACGGAAUCAACGCCACUCAAGACAUCGGUUGUCUACGGCGGAACGUCCUACGUCGCCCAAGCCCGCCUUCUCGAGAAAAACGGAUCCGACAUCCUGGUUGCCACUCCUGGACGACUCAGGGACAUGGUGGAGCGGGACAAGAUCUCGCUGCGCCUGGUGUGCUAUCUGGUGCUCGACGAAGCGGACAGGAUGCUUGACAUGGGCUUCGAGCCACAGAUGCGCAACCUGGUGGAGAAGCGGGACAUGCCCACGGAGAGGCAGACGCUUCUGUUCUCCGCGACAUUCCCAAAGGGCAUCAUCCAACUGGCCACGGAUUUCUUGAAGAAGGACUACGCCACUGUGACCGUUGGUCGUGCCGGGUCCACCACCGAAGCCAUCAAACAGGUGAUUCUAUUGGUCAAGAACGAGGACUACAAGUGGGGCAUGCUCAAGCGAGAGCUGCAGGGGCUCAAAGAAACCGAUCGAGUGCUCGUGUUUGUGGAAAAGAAGAAAGGAACGCGCAGGAGUCAAGGAAUCACUGCAACCAUGAUUCACGGCGACUUGGAGCAGCGCGAUCGCGAUUUGGCCAUCAAAAGUUUCCGUAUGGGCAAGGCGCAAGUGUUGGUCGGCACGUCGGUGGCUGCGCGAGGACUCGACAUUGAAAACGUCACCAAAGUCAUCAACUUUGACAUGCCGAUGACAAUCGAGGACUACGUCCAUCGUAUCGGGCGGACGGGUCGUGCAGGCCAUGCCGGCCUCGCCGUCGCCUUCUUCUUUCCCCAGAGGGACGGUGACAGCGCAGCGGAUUUGGUGCAGCUGUUGGUGGAGGCCAAGCAGGACGUGCCCGAGUGGCUUCGAUCGCACGCCAACAAGCCCCCUAGCGACAAGAAAAAGAAGCAGCAACAGCCAUCCAAAAAGCCCAACAACAAAGCCGCCGGUCGCAAACAGCACAAGCGAAAGGCGGGCCACAGUUGA